UUCUUAACACCUUAAAAGUACUCUGAGUGGAAAAAAUAUUCUUAAAUUUACUUUUAAACAUUUUCUGAGACAACUUUUAGUUAAGUCUUAAAUUUGACUUUGAGAAAAUUCUCAGAUGGAAUUCCCUUCGUAGUUAGGGGAAAGCCCGUCUAUAUUUAGCGCCACGUGUCAAAACAAGCAGACGUGCAUCUGUCAGUGUCAUCGUAAUGGAGUCCAGCAAACCCAAACGGAAACCUAACUGGACCGAAGACGAAACGUUAAGCUUAGUUCGUUUGGUGGACGAAAGGAAAGACAUAAUAAGAGGUAAAUUUGGAGCAGGCGUGACAAGCAAGAAGAAGAAGGAAGCAUGGUUGGCAGUCACCGAAGAAAUAAACGCCGCAUUCCCUUCCGUGCUACGAACAUCGGAAGACUGUGAGAAACGGUGGUAUAACGUCCAGUGUAGAUCACGAAAAGAAAUUUCUACGCAAAAGACACACAUGCAAGGCACAGGAGGCGGUCCCGUGAUGAACCUGAGUGGUAUUGCUGAAGCAGUUUACGAUGUUUUGGGGCAUUCCAAUGUUUCCAUAAGUGGGGUUGACGGUGGCCUUGAUUCGUCAUUGAUUCAGGUCAUUGAUUUAGGCACAAGUGUGGUGCCUCAGAGUUCAACCGUCACACCCUCCACCUCUUCCACCAUGAACCACCCACCAGCAACCGUCAUCUUGGAAUCAGUUCCCUGUGGGAUAGACGAUGAUGCAGACGAUAGGAUAACGAAAAGAAGAUAUAGACAAUUGAAAAUAGAUGUUCUAGAGUUGCAGAAACAAUAUUUAAUGUUGAAAAUUAAAAAAAAUUAA